AUGAUUUAAUUCUCUUAUGAAAUAGAUAGAUUACUUUUAAAAUCUGCAUUCAGUAAUAAGGAAUAUCUUAAUCUUAGAUCUAUGCUAAGAAAAUAAUGGCUCAAUAAGCACCUCCAAUAGAAUAAUUAGUCUUAAAUAUAAUUCUAUGCAAUAUCAAGUAAAAGAAAUAAAAUAAUAUUUAAAGACUAUACAUUAAAUAAAUAUCACUUGA